GUCCGGCACAGGAAGUGACGGAGCCGUUCGGUGGUGUGUCUCUAUGGGCCGCGGGGGAUUCUCUUCUUCCGGUGGGGGUGGGGCGAGCGAUGGCGCUGGAGACGGUGCCCAAGGAUCUGCGGCAUCUGCGGGCCUGUCUGCUCUGCUCCUUGGUCAAGACGAUCGACCAGUUCGAGUAUGACGGGUGCGAUAACUGCGACGCCUACCUGCAGAUGAAGGGCAACCGUGAGAUGGUCUAUGACUGCACCAGCUCCUCCUUUGAUGGCCUUCUUGAAUUGUGGGCACCAGAACUGGACGCAGUAUUCAACAGUGGUUGCACCAGGGCCGAAUACAGAUGUAAAAUAACCUUUCUACCCCCCACUCAAGAAUCUUCUGUUUAUGCAUCCCAGGAUCGCAUUAUCACUUUUUGCUACAGCUUCCCAUGGCAGCUCGUAUUCAGCUGAUUAUCCACCUCAUCCCACAAAUCUUUUUCAGGGUCACUGCUUUCCAGGAUGGAGUCCCCCAUUGUGUAAAUAUGGCCUACGUUCUUUGUUCCUAGUUGUAUGCAUUUUCAUUUAACUGCAGUAGAACACACAUUGUUUGUUUGUGCUCAGUUUACCAUGAGAUCCAGAUCACUCUGAAUCUGUAACCUGUUUCAUUAUUUAUCACUUCCCUUAUUUUUCUGUCAUCUGUGAACUUUAUCAGUGAUGAUUUCAUAUUUCCUUUCAGGUCACUUGGAAAAAUGUUAAUUAGCAUAGGGCCAAGAAUCUGUGUGACCCUGCUGGAAACAUGCCCAAUAGGAUGACAAUUCCCUGUUUACAGUUACAUUUUGAGAUCUAUUAGUUAGCCAGUUGGUAAUCAGUUUAGUGUAUGCCGUGUUAAUAUGCAGUCCCUUGGAUUCUCAUGCUGUAUUGGAGGAUAGCAAAUGUACUCGUGGUUAAAAAAUACACUGGGAAUGAUCUGGAAUAUCGCAAACAGGCUCUUUGCAUCUGUUAAACUGGUUGAAAUAAUUAAUAUCAGCUAGUUGUAC